CUCCCUCAACUAUCCGAUCCUUUUCUCGCAUGCUUUGCGCUACCUCGUCGAUCUUCUGAUUUUCGCGCGCUCUUCCUGUCAGACAGCAUGGUACUUGGUGACAAACGCAACACGUCGCGCAAGGCGCAAUUGUUUUGGAGUUUCGUGGCCCUAGUCCUUGCUAUCUUUUGUCUCGCAUGGUAUAGAUCAGCGCAACAUGGCCCUCACACGGUUAUUUCCUCUGCCAAGCCAUAUCUGGACCUCGCGCGGGCUGGCUGGGCCAUUGCUAUUGCUUGUGCACUUUGCACGGUAGUGUCCGUCCUCUACCUACCAUUCGCAACGAGCGAUUACUACUACCUUGCCCUCUCUCUGUCAUGGUCAAUUGCAUGCACCUUCAUGGUGGUUGGCGAGGUCCGUCUCGUGCAAAAGAACGCUUCUUGCCCGGCUUUCCAGCACUGCGUUGGGCUCGACGAACCGGGAAUGAUAUGCUCCUACGUCGCCUCUGUCGCAUGCUUUACACAAUUCGUGCUACUCGGCGCUGCGUUUUUCCAGGUCAAGGCCUUUAGAAAAGACAUGCGAAGGGAUGCGCGGCGAUCGAACCUAAGUGCGAAACCAUCGGAAUAUAUACCAAAGAGCAGAUUGGGGAUAUUUAAUCCAAGUAGGCUGCGGGAUUGGUGGUCUGCCGGAAUCAGAGUCAAGCCAAUGGAGGUGUUUGCGGACCGACCUUGAUCACUCCUCGUUUUCCUCGAUACCAUUACGUCGCCUUCUUCGACAGUAUAUCACCUUUUCCGAUACCACAUUAUCUAGUGUUUUAAUGACCACAUGACUGGCAUACGAUACGGUCUUUUAACAGCAUACAUGUUCAAAGCGUACAUAGAUAAGCAAUAUACCCAUUCUUUACUUCCUG